CUUUUUAUAGGACAUCAGUCAGUCAGUACUCAGUAGCGAAAUCCAAUUCAAGUUAAUAAUUGCUUAUAUCGAAGAAUUGUGAAUCAUUGUGGAGAAGUAUCUUUGGAGAACUUCAUUUUUUCGGUGUGUGCGUGUGUUUUUGAUUUUGACAGAAAGUAGUAAAAACUUCAAAUCUAAAAAAGCCUAGUAAUUGUUUUUCAAGGCGGUAUCAAAGCAAACGUUUUUAAUUUUAGAUAAUCAAGAAUAAUUCAGAAAAUCAAAAAACUGAAAAGAUUUUUUAUGAAAAAAUGUCUGUGAUUGGUAUUGAUUUUGGUAACGAGUCGUGUUUCGUAGCAGCUGCAAAAGCAGGAGGCAUUGAAACUUUGGCAAAUGAUUACAGUUUAAGAGCAACACCGGCAUGCGUUGCAUUCGCUGGAAAAAAGAGAGUUCUUGGUGUUGCUGCGAAAAACCAGCAAGUCACAAACAUGAAAAAUACUAUAAGUGGUUUUAAAAAAUUGUUGGGCCGCAAAUUUAAUGAUCCUCAAAUACAACAUGAACUAAAAACCAUUCCAUAUAGAGUAGAACCAAUCCAAAAUGGAGGUAUUGGAAUCCGGGUUAAUUAUUUGGAUAAAGAACAUGUUUUUACACCAGAGCAAAUAACUGCAAUGUUAUUCACAAAAUUGAAAGAAACUUCGGAAACUGCUCUGCAAGCAAAAGUAAAUGAUUGUGUGAUUACUUGUCCAGUAUAUUUCACAAAUGCCGAAAGGAAAGCUCUCCUGGAUGCCGCUGCAAUAUCCGGACUUAAUUGCCUCAGACUAAUGAAUGAAACAACUGCCACUGCACUGUCAUAUGGAUUUUAUAAGCAAGACUUGCCUGAAGAAAAACCGAGAAACGUAAUUUUUGUAGACUGUGGACACGCAUCUCUGCAGGUCAGUGCUUGCGCUUUCACAAAGGGCAAAUUAAAAAUGCUGGCUUGUUCUUGGGAUCAAAUUGGUGGACGAGAUUUUGAUUCUGUAUUAGCUGAUUAUUUUGUACGUGAAUUUAAAGAAAAGUAUAAAAUUGACGCAAAGUCAAAUGCCCGUGCCUAUUUGAGGCUUCUUACAGAAGUUGAAAAAACAAAAAAACAAAUGUCUGCUAAUAGCACAAAGCUACCAUUAGCAAUAGAAUGCUUUAUGAAUGAAAUAGAUGUUUCAUCAAGUAUGCAACGCUGUAUAAUGGAAGAGCUGUGCGCAGAUUUAUUGCAACGCGUAGAUCAAACUUUGAGAAGAUGUUUAAAUGAUUCAAAAUUAUCUCAAGAAGAAAUUCAUUCCGUAGAGGUCGUUGGCGGCUCUACGAGAAUUCCUGCUAUAAAAGCUCUUAUAGAACAGACAUUUGGGAAACACGCCAGCACUACUCUCAAUCAAGAUGAAUCUGUAUCUCGUGGAGCUGCGUUGCAAUGCGCUAUCAUGUCACCAGCUGUUAGAGUACGUGAGUUUGGUGUUACUGAUAUACAAAACUAUGCUGUCAAAAUAAGCUGGGAGGGGGAUGCAUGCAGUGCACCUGGUGAAAUGGAAGUGUUUCCGCAAUUCCAUCCAGCACCAUUUAGUCGUUUACUGACAAUUUGUCGUAAAGAGCCUUUUGGAAUGCAAAUAUCUUAUGCUGGUAAUGUUGCAUAUCCAGAUCCAAUUAUUGGACGUUGGUAUAUUAAAGAUGUGAAACCCAAUGACAAAGGAGAAGCGCAAGAUGUCAAAAUUAAAGUUCGUAUCAACAACCAUGGCAUAGUAUUAAUUUCCAAUGCUUCUCUUGUUGAAAAAAAAGAAAUCGAGGAGAUCGAGCAGGAAAAAGAUGUACCAGCACCACAAGCAGCAGCAUCCGCAGAACAACAAUCAGCAGGCGGAACUGAGGCAAUGGAAGUUUCGCAAGAAGAUUAUUAUGAUGAUAAAGAUGGCGCAAUUAAUGGUGGUAAUUGUACAUCUCCUACAGCCACAUCGCCUGGAGGACAAGGGUGGGCCCAACGGGUCAAGGGAUGGUUUACUUCGGGUUCUGCUGAAAAAAAAAAGAAAACUUCAAAAGUUAUUGAAUUAUCUUUUGAUUAUCAGACGCACGGAUUUUCCCAAACCGAGAUCUCCAAAUUACAUGAACAAGAAACAAAAAUGAUUGCUAAUGAUGAGCACGAAAAACAAAGAGUAGAUGCAAGAAAUUCUUUGGAGGAGUAUGUUUAUGAUAUGAGAGAAAAGCUUCAGGAGGAUGGUCCGUUAACUCGUUUUGUUUCUGAGAAUGAUCGUAAUAGUAUUUGCUCACAAUUAAAUGAUUUAGAAAAUUGGCUUUAUGAAGAAGGAGAAGAUUGCGAUCGUAAUACAUAUAAAAGUAAAUUAAAUAUAUUACAUCAACAAACUGAUCCAAUUAAACAACGUUGUCAAGAAUAUGAAACGCAGCCAGCUGCUUAUGAAGAUCUCGGUCAUUUGAUACAAAUGACUCGUAAAGCUGUAGAAGAAUUUCGGCAAAAUUCCCCUAAAUAUGACCAUUUGACAGAAACCGAAAUAUUAAAUAUUACUGAGGCGGCUGAUAAAGCUGAAAAAUGGCUAAAUGAUGCUCUUGGGAAAUUCACUAAAGCAACAAGAACACAAGAUCCUCCAUUUAAAUAUAAUGAUAUACGUAAUGAAUGGCAAACAUUAUCAACAUGCGUUAAUUCAGUUCUAAAUAGACCUAAACCAAAACCUCCAACGCCACCAACAGCAAAUAAGCAAAAUGAACAAAAUGGUGAUGUUGAUACAAAUUCAACAGCAGAUAAACAAAAACAAAAUUCAAGUGCAUUUGGUGACGGUGAUAAGGCUAGUAAUCAUGUUCCAGAAGAUUCUACAAUGGAAGUAGAAUAGAUUUAUUAUUUACUAAUAAAAAAUUUAAAACAACAAUGAUUUAAAAUUAAUAAAUUUAAUAAAAUAUUUAAAUAAAUAUACUAAAUCUUAAACACCUUAAAGAAGAAAUUUUAAUUCUUCCAAUUUUUCAAGUAGGU